GCUCCUUACUCCAAUACCUCCUCGAUCGCAUGCAAAUGGAAGACGAGGCGACGCGUCCCUCCUCUCCGCCACCGGCGGCUUCUGCGGCCUCGUCGGUGCUCGCCGACGACGACCUCCUCCGCGAGAUCCUCCUCCGCCUCGCCUUCCCCACCACGCUCGUCCGCGCCGCCCUCGUCUCCUCCCGCUGGCUCGGCCUCGCCUCCGACUCGUCCUUCCUCCGCCGCUUCCGCGCCCGCAACCCGCCCCGCCUCCUCGGCUUCUACCACACCGCGCGCCGGGACGAGCAGCCGGCGUUCGUGCCGCUUCCCCAGCCCCCGGAGCUCGCCCCCGUGCUCCGCCGCCUCGGCGGGUUCGCGCUCGGCGGCGCCGACGUCUCCGCCGUGGUCUUCGACUGCCGCAACGGCCGCCUCCUCAGGGCGGAGUUCCCGCCCCCGCCCGACGAGCUACGCUUCGGCGUCGUCUCCCCGCUGCUGCCCCCCGCGCGGAAGCCGCCCGAUCUGCCCCCGAACCUGCACUCGCAGCUCCAUCAGGUACCCAACGAUGCCCGUGUGCUGCGCCCGGGCUGGAUGCUGCUCCCGGAGGAGGAGGAGGACGACGGCGGCGACGAUCUCUCCUACACGCUGGUGGUUCUGAUACGAAGAGGCCGUGGAUUGUUCGCGAGAGCAGUGUUGGUGAGAGGUGAAUCAGACGACCAGAUCCGCACCUCCGAUUCAAUCGAGCUGCCGAAUCACUACUGGCCAAACAAGAAGAUGAACCGUGGAUUGCUCUUCCAUGGGAGCCUCUACAUGCUGGGCAGGGAGCAUGUUCUUGGGUUGAAUCUGGCGUCGAUGAGCUUGUUCUUGAUCAAGCUCCCGGAUGGUGUGGAGCAGCUGGAGCAUAUGGGGAACCUUGAGUUGUUGCGGGACGGCGAUUCCGGAUUAUAUCUUGCUCAUCUGAAGGGGUUUCAGAUUCAUGUUUGGCAUCGUGCGACAGACGGCGGUGGGAAUGGUGGUGAUUGGGAGAUGGUUGAUACCAUGUCUCUGCAUCAAUCGUUUGGUCAAGUUGCGAGGCCCGAUUGGGAGUCGGGGGAUCCUUCACUUGGGGAUGCUCUUGUUUCACUUCGUAGAGUCGAGGAUAAUGCCGAGCUGUUCUUGACGAUAGACCGCGUGAUCUUCCACAUACAUAUUGCGAGCAGGACAGCGAACAAGGUUUUCGAGAUGGCUCCAAAGGAAGAUAUUGGUUUUGAAAUCUUUCCCUUCAUGAUGAUAUGGCCUCCCACUUUCCCGGCUUUGAACUAUGACGAUGACGAUGAUCAGUAAUUCAGUAUGAAUGAUCCCAGAGGAUUUUUCUCUAGUGCUUUAUGCGAUGUCUAACCGAUUCUCAAUUCAGCAUGUAGUUAUCUUGCUGUAACAAUCUAAUUGUUACUGGUCUUUUAGGAGAGUCAGGCAUCUUAUGUGAUGUUCCUUUGUUAUGCUUUAAAAUAAGAUUUAAGUAUGAGUUAACCUGAUCUA